UUCUCUUGCCACAUCAUUAUCAGCCAAAGUGCACCAAAUCUCUACACCUAAACCCAAACCCCUCACCUUUCCACUCUAUAAUAAGCCAAGCUAGCUCUGCAGCUGGAUCACUUGUACAAGAACACUUCACUGGCUAUAGCGUAAACAAACGCAAAAGAAAUGGAGGCCGUGUCAUGGUGGGUUCGAGGCUUCCUCGGCAAGUACCCGGAGAUCAUGGUGUCCUAUUCCUGUUGGUCUUCAGGCAUCGCCGGUGGGAUGGGAUGCCCACGAACUGGCCGGUGGUCGGCUCGGUGUCGACGAUCACCGUCAACGCCGGCCGCAUGCACGAGUGGCUCACGGAGUUCCUGAGCGUGGCGCCGGGGAUGUCGCAUGUCGCCAGGGGCCCGUGGGGUUCGCCCGUGGACAUCCUUCUCACGGCCAACCCGGCAGACGUGGCGCAUGUCUUCACGACCAACUUCGGCAACUACCCCAAGGGCGAGGAGUUCGCGCUGUUGGUGCCGUGGCCUUGCCCUAGCUCUGCCUCUCUCUCUCACGCUGCAUCUCUCUCUCUAGAAGAAGAAGAAGAAGAAGAAGAAGAAGAAGGAAGGAAAGAGAAGGAAGAGCAGGGACACAGCAGAUUUUCUUCCCAGCGCACGAACGCUGUCGCCACACAUACGGCCUCUUUUUCCCUCAAGCACGAACUCCACGCUUGGUCUGUUACAACGCAUGGGGCUACUUAUACCCUAGGACUCGCCGGGCACAAACCCACGUCCCAGUCCACCACGCCGAGCGCCUGAUUCGGCCCGCGCCGUUCACGCCCGCGGCAUGCAUGUACAUGUCCGGGUCAUGCGCGCCCACCUGGAAUCGACUCCAACGCUCCCCCGUUCUCGCCAACAGAACACGCAAACACUACACUGGUGCAGGGACACGCCCAUGCACCCCACGCACGCACGCCUACACCGCAGUCCCGUCGCGCCUGACACGCCCGGCGCGCGCCCAUACACGCGCCCGACGCGUCCGACACUGGCGCCGCGGCUUAUUCUGGCCAACACUCACGCCCUAAGCCGCGACCUGGCCGCACGGCCUGCCGACAAGGGCCCUGACUCUUCGUCGUCUCGUUGCCAUGUACACCUCCGCUGCGUCUCCGGCACAAGCCGCCGCUCGCUGCCGCAGCGGCAGCCCGCAGUCCCGUGUGCCGCCACACUGCAUCUCCGUGCCACGCGCCUUCACGAUUAUCGCGCCGAGCCGUCGCGACCUCUACGCCACCACGCAGGUCCUUCGCGACCUCCUCGUCUCCGCGACCGCCGUGCCCUUCGUGCACACGACAUCACACCGCACAGCCGUGGACUCGCCACGCGUUGCCGUGGCCACGCGCUUGCCGCACGCUGAUGCUGAUGCCUCCAUGUCGGCCGCGCACGCCGCAGACGCCACCGCGCGCCACGGCCGCCCCUCGAACCUUGUGGAUCUGAAUACCAAUUUUUGGUGCCGUGGCCUUGCCCUAGCUCUACCCCUCUCUCUCUCGCUGCACCUCUCUCUCUCUGAACUAGAUCAACAGAAGAAGAAGGAAGGAGAAGGAAGAACAGGGACACAGCAGAUUUUCUUCCCAGCGCAUGAACGCUGUCGCCACACGUACGGCCUCUUUUUCCCUCGAGA